GCCGCCAUGACCUUUUAUAAGCGUGCAAAAGCGCUGUAUGAUGCUAACUAUGAAGAUGAUAGAGUUACCAUCGUCCAGGCUUUGUUGUUAAUGGGCUGGUAUUGGGAAGGCCCCGAGGGUGCGUAUCUGUUCCUUUACUGAAGUUAUAUUAUAUCGGAUGCUAACAGGAUUAUUAGAUGUAACGAAGAAUGUUUUCUUCUGGACAAGGGUUGCAAUCAUCAUCGCCCAGGGUUCUGGAAUGCAUAGAAGCGUGGAAACAUCCCAGCUAAGUCGGCCAGACAAACGUCUAUGGAAACGUGUAUGGUGGACGCUGUUCACCCGAGACCGAUCUGUUGCAGUUGCGCUGGGACGUCCAGUAAACAUCAACACAGAUGACUCGGACGUUGAAAUGCUUACGGAGGAUGAUUUCAUUGAAGAUGAUGCAGAUGGGCCAGCAGACUACCCACCUGAUUCCACUCAUGUUCAAUUUUUCCUCCAAUACGUCAAGCUAUGCGAAAUCAUGGGCCUGGUUCUCUCACAGCAGUAUUCAGUGGCUUCCAAGUCAAGACGCACCAAUGCCAUUGACUUGACACACAGCGAUAUGGCGUUGGCCGACUGGCUGCAGAACUGUCCCAAGGAAGUAUACUGGGAGCGAUCACGACAUCACUUCUGGUCUGCCCUGCUACACUCAAACUACUAUACCACCUUAUGUCUACUCCAUCGAGCCCAUAUGCCUCCUGCAACUGCUGGUCAGAACGCGGGAAACGAUGGAAUAUCAUAUCCUUCCCGCACAAUUGCAUUCCAAGCCGCGGCCAUGAUUACAUCAAUUACCGAGAGCCUACAAAAACAUCAACAGAUUCGCUUUGCUCCUGCUUUCAUUUUGUUCUCUGCCUUGAUUAUGCAUGUAUAUCAAAUGCGGUCAUCUGUGCCCAGUAUAGUUGCCACAAGCCAGGAGAGGAUCAACAUAUGCAUGUCGGCGCUAAAGGAUGUUUCGAAAGUAUGGCUCGUUGCUAAAAUGGUACAUACAUUAUUCGAAUCCAUCCUGGGCAACAAAGCCCUUGAAGAAAGGCUACAGAAAGCUGCUGGUAAACGCCAUCAGAAGGCAAGACGACAGCAGCAACAGCCACAGCCACAGCAGCAGCAGCAGCAACAACAACCACAACCACUGGAGGCGCUGAAGCGGCCUGAUCCACCCAAGAGGAAGUUCGACGAAAUGGAUAUAACUAUGCCCAACGGGCCUCCUGCAGCUCAGGUGUCAUAUGAACGGUCGAGGCCACAGACUCCAGCUGCAACGCCGUCAAUCACUCCAAGCCAAUUACCAGGAAACCUGUCUGGACCUGCGGCCGGAAAUACACAGCAGCACCAACAGCAUCAACGCAUGCCAACAGAUAAUACCUUCGUCGGAACCGGCAAUGGUGCCACCGGCACAGGAACGGGAAACACCCGCCCAACUUCCCCCUUCAACCCAGCUCUAUCAAUUCCACAAUCUCCACCAGAUCUAUUCCUCGUCACUCGCAACUCACCCAGCAUUUCUCAAUCUCUAUGGGAGAACUUCCAGCCCGAUCAACUUUUCCCAGACGGCACCAACAUGUCUUUCCCCGGCUUCUCGCCUUCCUCCACAAAUGUCGACCCACAGCUUCAAAUGCCUAGUUUAAACAACACGGCUAUGCCCAUGGGUAUGCCGAAUCAAACGCAUCUUUCACCACGGGCUGCGCAGAGUCCGACUCUCAUGGCUGGUUUGGGCCGUAUGUCGCCACAGCACCAGAUGGGCCAGGGAGUACCGAUGCAGGGACAAUGGCCUAUGCAGACGUUCGACCCGAAUGUCCCCAUGGAUGCAUCCAGCCAGGAUGACAACUGGAGCAAUUCUUCUCGACAACAGGGGCCGAUACCGCCCACUCUGAACGUCGAAGACUGGUUCCAGUUCUUCGGUAUCAACGGCCUUCCUGAUCUAUCUGUUGAAAAUCUGUAA